AUGGCUAGCAAUUCCAUACGCAAGCCCGCACCCCCUCCUCAUAAAGGAAGGGAGGCUGCGGCUCAGGACCUGAAACACGAUCUAUGUGAGGACCUGGACAAAAAGGAUGGUCAUUCCCUAGCCCCAGCCUCCUCUAUUUUUCGCGACCCUAUAGGCUCCCACGCCGGCCGCCGCCCCUCGAACUAUCAGCGCCGCCCCUCACCACUCCCCUGUGAUCCUCCGCCCCGGCAUGCUGCCCCUCACCAAUCCCUUGCGACCUUCCAUCUCGGCGUGCCGUCCCUCGUCAACACUCCCCUGCGACCCGGCUUCCCGGUGCGCCGCCCCUCGUCAGCGCGCCCCUACGAAUCAACUGCGUCUACUAUUCCUCCGCACGGGGGCCGGCGGCUGUGGGGAGAGUUGCCGCUACAACCACCCUCGCGAUCAAGCUAUCGUGUAGUGAGGACUUCUGUAGAAGUGAGAACAUCGACGAGUGCCUUAUCACCUAACACGGCCAUCUACUCAGGUAUGUGGCAUGCAAGGAGAGGAGAUGAUGGACAUAACAAUUACAAAUUCUACCUCAUAUUUGAUCUGAUAAGGAACUUAAAUCACAAAUCAGAUAUUUACAAGCUAAGCUUUAGGAGUUCAUUCAUGAUGAUGAUGAUGAUGAUGGUGAUGAUGAUGAUGAUGAUGAUGGAGGCCUUCCAUUUUAAUAAAGUUGUAGGGGAUGUUCUUGUUGGAUGAUGUUCCUCGGUUAAGUUUUUGAUAAGUUGUACGGAUGUUGAUGGAUGCCUUCAGUUUGAGUUUCGUUGUCAAGAAAAUAUUUAGAUUACGUAUCACAUUUGGACUAUGUCCUCGUGUAAUAUCCAUUAUUGGAAUCCAACAAUUUUAUCAAAUAUAUGAUUUCUUCC